CCGGUUAUAUUUGCUUACUUGCUUUCCCAUUACCGCCUUCACAUAGUUCAGAAAAAUGCCAACUUGCUGGUUUGUUAGUGAAGAUGACCGCCACAAACCCAUUCAGCUUCCUCAUCACCAGGCACUGACUCUGGGCCGGAGUCCAGAAACUAGAAUUAAAGACCAAAAGUGCUCUAGAAUGCAAGUUGAACUAAGAGCAGACUGCAACAAAGGAUUCAUCUUCGUGAAACAGUUAGGUACUAACCCGACAAGUGUGGAUAAUGUGGUUGUGGGCAAAGGCAAUCAGGUGACCCUAAAACAAGGCCAGAAGCUCCAUAUGGUCAACCAGCUCUUCCCAUACACAGUGAGCUUCAAUGAAGAUGCCUCCAGCCCCACUUCUCCCAGGGAGGGAAGCAAGCCAACUAAGAGGCCCCACCAAAGGGACCCUUGCAGGGAUGAGGCAGAGAGCCCUGCCAGCAAGGUAGCCACCUCUUCCCUUCAAGCGCGGGCAGCAUACAGUCCACCUCUGGUGGAAAAAGCAACACCUGUGUCGGCCAAGGUGGAAUCUGCUGGCCACUGGAGUCAGGGUCUCAAAGUGUCAAUGCAGGACCCAAAGAUGCAGGUGUACAAGGAUGAAAAGGUGGUAGUGAUUAAAGACAAGUACCCGAAGGCAAGGCACCACUGGCUGGUGCUGCCUUGGGAGUUCAUCUCCAGCCUGAAGGCCCUGCGGCCCGAGCAUUGCCAGCUAUUGAAACACAUGCAGCAGGUGGGGGACAGCAUGGUACAAAAGUGUCCCGACGGCCAGACAUUGCGCUUCCGCCUGGGCUACCAUGCCAUACCGAGUAUGAGUCACGUUCACCUGCACGUGAUCAGUCAAGAUUUUGAUUCCCCUUGUCUGAAGAAUAAGAAACACUGGAAUUCAUUUACCACAGACUACUUCAUUGAAUCUCAGGACGUCAUUGCCAUGUUGGAGCGAGAUGGAAAAGUGAGCGUGAAGGAUGGCACGAGUGAGCUGCUGAAGCUGCCGUUGCACUGUCAUGUCUGCCGCAAAGAGCAAGCGACAAUACCGAAGCUAAAGGACCAUCUCAAAACUCAUCUUCCAUCGUGAACCAUCCCCAAAGACCGUGGUCCCCAUCGUGCAAACGACCAGCUAAUGACAAUGAACUCUUCACACACUACUACGACAGAAAGGUCCCAGCUGUCAUGAGUGACUGUGGACGACGCUUUAAAAUUCCCCAUAGCGGUGGUGCUGGACAUUGGAACUGGACACACAAAAGCGGGCUUCGCUGGAGACGAUUCCCCGUCGUGCGUAAUAUCCAGCGUGGGGUUUUCUGUCAAUGGAGAAGACUAGUAAAACCAACUCAAGAGUGGAAUGGUGAGAAACUGGGAUGCACUAGAGGAACUGGUGUCUCCAGAGCACCAUGACGAUAUGUCAGAUCCACCUUUAUGUCCGACGGCUACCGGAGGAAAGUUCGCUGAACACAUACUCAGGACUUUCAAGGUUCCGGCAACGCGCAUUACCAACCAAUCCAUAUGGUCUGCUUUUUAUGGUGGAACAAAAUCUCAAGUAGUAGACUGUGGCCAAUGUCUGAAGUUGUUCCCAUUAAUGAUGGAUAGCGUACAGCUAAUGAAACCAGACAAGUGGAGUAUGCCGAUGAAACGCUAAACUGCUAUUUGGAGAGUAUCGUUUGCAUCUCAGGAACUAGCAUGUCUAACAUUAAAUAAUUUUGCUUUGUUAGAUAAAAUAAACAAAUACUGUUGUGUCCAUUAACAGAGUCCUACAAAAACAAUAACGCCAUAACCCACUGUCUACCGGAUGGAAUGACACUUAUACUGAGUAACGAGUGUUUUAUGUGCCCGGAGGUCCUUUUUUAACUGUCUAGUUGGCCUUUGGAAGCCAAGUAUAUUGAUUAUGAACAUUAAUAUCUGUGACGUUAAGCUGAAGAACGAACUCUUGAAUAACGUCAUCUGUGGUGGCUCGACGAUGUUCCCAGGACUCCAGAUGCACUUGCAGUGCGAGUUUAACACUUUAGUGGGUAAAAGUGUAAAGGUCGUAGUUGCAUCAGAGUGCGACAACGCCAUCUGGAAAGGAGGCUCAAUUCAAGCCUCUUAACAAGUCUUUUCAGUCCCUGUGGAUUUGGAGGAAUGACUACAGAGAGAGGAUCCUCUUUCUUGAAAAAAUAUUUCUUACUCUCAUAUGCUGCAAUGACUGAAUACUGGAAAUUAAAGUUUCCACAUGCAAAAUUCUAUUCAUUAAUCAUUUUAUGUACAAUUUUAAUCAUAGUAAAACCACAGGUACCUAGUAGUACAAAUACUAGUGAUUGAUGUUCCAGCUACUAACUACACCUUUGCAUUAGGCCUACACAAAGAUGUAGGUUAAGGAUACAAAUGACAUCCUAGCAAUAAAAUGUAAGCUUAUUCUAAAACAUUCGCAUUCAGGUGCUGCUAAAAACCCCAACUACCAACUCCUAUACCCUGAACCUAGAAUACAGCGCAGAGAGGACGUUCCAGUCUCAAUUCCUCACUGGACGAAUUUACUUUAAAUUUAGUGUCUUUCUAGUUUAAUUUCACAGUCAGAAUUUCAAACCUUUUGCAUUGUCUGAUCAGUCCUUCGCAAAAUAUUGGGUCUAUCAUGCGCUACUUGUAUUUAACCAAGUUUUGUUUUCUGGAACUAGAAGCAAGACUCCAUUUUGGCAAAGGAAAAAGUGUCAAUAUUGGAUUGCCUACCGUUUUUAUUAUAAAUAAAAGCUGAAUGAUGUACAGAAUAAAUCAUAGACAUAUCUCAACUAGAAAAAAACCUGAGACAGCAUAAGAAAACCAACAAUAACAACAACUUAUGUUAUGUUAACAGUUCUCAAACUUAUACCCUUUAAAUACAAAACGACUCCACUUACAGGUCCAAAAAAAAAAAAAA